AUGGCGGGAAAUGGGGCCUGCAGCUCCGGCUCUCUGGAUCUCCCCUCCCCCGCCCUGGGAGCCGUCACCGCCCUGGCCCGGGGGGGACCCCACCAGUUACAGGCACUGGAGGUGCUGGCGGCGCUGGGCCCGGCCGUGGUGGGGGAGGGGCUGCUGGAGGCUCUGGAGCGGGGGCUGGGCCUGGCCCCGGGGGAUCCCGAGGCCACCAGGGUGACUUUGCAGCUGCUGUCGGCCGUGUCGGAGCUGUUGGGGGAGGGGGCGGGGCCUCUCCUGCCCCGGGUGCUGCCGCUCCUGCAGGGGGCGCUGUGUCCCCCCGAGCCCCCCCCCCCAGCCGAGGCCCCUGAUUGGCUGCUCCAUCUCCAUGACGACGCCGAGGGGGCGGAGCCCAUGGACGAUGACAUCACUGCCUGGGAGGAGCCUCCGACGGCGGAAGUGGGCGGAGCUUUCCCCGGAUUGGCUGAGGCGGCGCUGGGGACGCUGGGGGAGCUGGCGGAGAACUGCGGCUCCGCCUUCCUGCCUUACCUGGAGCCCAGCCUGGCGGCCAUCUUGGAUCUGACCCAGUUCCCCCAGUCCGAGGUCAGAGCCGCCGCCUUCGAGGCCCUGGGGAGCCUCUGCUGCUGCGGGAGGGGCCGGGAGCCGCAGACUGGCCCCACCCCCUCGCAGCAGGAAUCUCUCCGUGCUCUCCUGGAGGGGCUGCGGGCGGAGCCGGAAGUGGGCGGGGCCUUGGGGGCGGUGGGCGGGGUCGGGCGGAUCCUGCAGCCCCCAGGCCACGCCCCCAAGGAGUGGCUGGAGCCCAUUGGCCGAGCCCUGUGUGACGUCAUCGCCGGGGAGAUCGCCUGCCUGAGGCGCCGGGGGGAUGACGACGAGGAUGAGACCUCCCAGCGCGCCGAGCUCCGCGAAGCCGCCUCCGAUUGGCUGCCGGAACUGGGCGUGGCCAUGGCCCGGGCGGGCGUGGCGGGAACCCAAACAGGAAAUGACGUCAGCAAUCCCGGAAGGGGCGUGGCUUUCCCGCCCCACCUCUUCCGCCGCAUCCUCCCCUCCCUAUUGGCUGCUUUGGCUGACCCCGCCCACCCGGGGGCGCGGUCGUGGGCGGGGGCUGUGAUUGGCCAGCUCGGCCACGCCCUCGGCGCCGAGGCCACGCCCUUUUUACCCGAUUUGGUUCCCGCCUUCCGAUUGGCGGUCGGCGACGCCGACCCCGAGGUCAGGUCCAACGCCUUCUACGCCAUUGGUCGGAUCGGGGAGGCCCUGGGACACGCCCACCGCGAGUAUCCACCAAUCAGGGGAGGGGAAACCCCGCCCACAUUCCCAUAUCGGGAGAAAUCUGAUUUGAAUUUCCAUAUAAGGUUAAGCCCCGCCCCCAUUUCCAUUGUGCUGCCGCUGGUGCUGGGGGCGCUGCCCCUGCAGGAGGAUCUGGAGGAGGAGGGGCCGGUGCUGAACUUCCUGUUGGGGGCGGGGCCUGAGCGGCUCCUCCCCCACCUCCCUGAGCUCGUCCGAGGCGUCGGCCCCGCCCUGGCCCAGAACCGUCUGGAACCGGCUCUCAGCCAAUCCCUGCUCGAGCUGCUCCGGAAAAUGGGCGUGGCCGACCCUCAGCGCUUCCGGGUGGGCAUGGCCUCGCUGGACCCCGCCCACGCCGCCAUCUUGGUUCAGCUGUUGGAUGACGUCAUCGGCGGCCAAUAAAAACACGGGGAGGGGAAAGGGGGCGUGGCUUAUUCCGGAAGUGGGCGGGGCUUGGGGAAUCCCAGCGGAUUUUGGGGGG